UACUAUAUUAAAGAGCCUUUGUGCCUGAUAUGCUCAGUUCAGAGUGAGUCCAAGCCAUCUGUAUUUGAGCACUCAGCAGAGUGUGUGCCAAAUUCUGGGGUGUUUUUUAAGGUUUUUUUUCUUUGUGCGGGUCCAGCCUAAUAUCUAAGACGACACCAUGAACUGGGCCUUCCUCGAGGGCCUCCUUAGCGGGGUGAACAAGUACUCAACCGCGUUCGGUCGUAUUUGGCUUGCUAUCGUUUUCAUCUUUAGGCUUUUGGUUUUCCUGGUGGCGUGCGAGAAGGUGUGGGGCGAUGAGCAGAAGGACUUUGACUGCAACACCCGCCAGCCCGGUUGCCACAAUGUCUGCUACGACCACUACUUCCCCAUCUCCUACACCCGACUCUGGGCUCUCCAGCUGAUCUUUGUCACAUGCCCGUCCUUUCUUGUGACUCUCCAUGUGGCCUACAGAGAUGACCGGGAGCGCAAACACCGGCUGAAGCACGGAGAAGACUGUGCCCCUCUGUACGAUAACACAGGCAAGAAACGAGGGGGUCUCUGGUGGACCUACUUCUUCAGCCUGCUGUUCAAGAUAACAGUGGAUGGCGUGUUUGUCUUCCUGCUGUUCUACAUCUACGAGGCCACCUUCUUCCCUCCAUUGGUCAAAUGCAAUGAACACCCAUGUCCUAAUGUCGUGGACUGCUACAUUGCCAGGCCCACAGAGAAGAAAAUAUUCACCAUCUUCAUGGUGGUCACCAGCUUUGUGUGCAUCUUCCUCACUCUCUGCGAGGUCUUCUACCUAUGUGGGAAGAGGUUCUGGGAGUGCUGCAGAGGAGGACCUCGCUCCGUGAGAGAGAACUCCUUCAUGAUGACCAGGACUCCUCUGACUGGGAAGGAAAACUCUGCAUACAAAGAUCCUGUCCUGGAGAAGGCAAAGAUGGUCGACAGUGGCAACGGAGAAGCCACUCAGGCCAAAGAGAGUUCAGCCCCAGCGUACAGCAUAGCAGUGUCCUGAGAGACAUCGAUAUAAUGAGUUUGACUUAAAAGAACAAAGUAAAAUUCUUAGGCGGAUUUUAUACUGUUGGCCGUUGUAAAGAAUUGUUGUUUACAAAAUUUUUAAAACAAUUUUACAUCAAAGAUAUGUAAUGUUUUUGUCCCUUAAUAUUGUUGAGCUGAACAAAUAUGUAAUACUUUUGUAUAAGUUUGAAAUUUGAAAUGACUGAUAUAUAAUAGAGGUGAUUUAUUUUGUCUGUUUACAUGAUUAUAUGUUAUUAUUUCGUUAUCUCUUCCUAGAAUAUCAUGGCCACAAAAUAUUAAAUUGGCUGGACUUGUUGUUGUGUACAUUAACAUAAAUUGGAAGUGAGGAAAAUAUCAAUGAAAGAGCAUACGCAAUGUCAUUAACUUACCCCAGAAAUAAAAACAGAUGCCAUUUAUAUUAUCUACAAUAAACCACCAUUCCGUAAAAUUGCUGUUGACUUUAUUUAACCAUGUAUGAAAAGUUUCAGAAAUCUUUGGUAUUAAACUGAUGAUGUGUAUCCUCCA